UACAGCGAGGAGGUAAACACGGUGCUGGCCUUGAACUCGUACACCAGACUAAACCAGCCGGUAAACAGUUGCACAAAAUCUUUAAAAAUGGAAACAGCUGAAUCUUUCAGGGAGAAUCUUGGAUCCUUGAUAUCAAACGGCCACACCAGUAUCUUUAUCGCCGUGGGUUACGAGCUGAAGCUGUUUGAUAUCUUGGGGAAAUUUGAUCAACCGAAAACCUCACAAGAGAUAGCUGAUGCAUCCGAUUGCAAAGAAGAGUUUAUCAGGGCAUGGCUUCAUUUGAUGGUAACAGCAAAGAUUGUUGAUAUGGUGCUGCAUGAAGGUGACACCCUCUUUUUCUUGCCUAAACACAGAGUGCAGUCCUUAAAAUCAACGGAGGCCAAUUUAGGCGGUACGACCAAACUGCUCUCUAUGUAUGCCGCAUGCAGUGGCGAUAUAGUGAAAGGAUUCAAAAAGGAUUCAAAAGGGGGAAUAAAGCAUGAGCAAAUGAAGCAAUUCUUUAGUCAUUAUGAAAUGGAGAACAACAAGAAAUAUUCUCCAAGUUUCUUGAGAGAAAUUAUUGCACAGGUGCCUGGUUUGAAGACAAAGCUUGAAAAAGGCAUCAAGGUGUGUGACUUGGGGUGUGGAUCAGGCAACUAUGUCAACAUGCUUGCAAAGAUGUAUCCAAAAAGUAAAGUGAUUGGUAUCGACUUGACAGAUGAGAUCCUGGCUCCUGGAAGAAAACAAGCAGAAACAAUGGGCUUAAAGAAUGCCAGCUUUCAAACAGGCAGUGCAGAAAACUUGCCAGCAGUUUGGAUAGAGUAUCUGGACUACUGCACUGUUACCAAUGCAGUCCAUCAUCUGGAGGAUCCCAUGAAAAUGAUGACCGGGGUGUAUAAAGCCCUCAAGCCUGGUGGUAUAUUUUCCAUCUUUGAUUCCAACAUCCACAAUGAGCUGCAAGAUAACAUUGGGAAGUGGACAGCUAUACCACUCUAUGCCUUCAAGCUGAUUUCCACUGGAAUGGAUCAUGGCCAUGGGCAUGGUCAUGGACAUGGUCAUGCACAUGGGCAUGGUCACACUGUAGGGCACAAGAAAGCUCAUGGUCAUGGGCAUGUUGCACCUAAACAUGAUGCUGCCACCCAUGCCAAAGGUAGGAGAGGAAGCCAUGGAGCAGAUGUAAAGAGUCAUGAUGAGCAACAUGAUUCAGCUGGGGCUGGCCAUGUUGCAGGCCGCAGGGGCAGCCAUGGAGGUGAAACACAAGGCCAUGUUGAUAACAGCCAUGAUGCCACUGGGACUGGUCAUGGUAAAGCACGUAGAGUUAGCCAUGGAGACAAAAGUCAUGAUCCUCACAAGCACGUGGAGUCUCAUGCAAAGGGUCACAAAGGCAGUCAUGGGGCAGCUGAUGCACACAAGGGCAAAAAGGAGACUGGACAUGACGAUGCCAAGAAAGAAGAAUCAGCUGAAGCCAACUCUAAAGAAGUGUCUGCUGUUGAGGAAAACCAGCCAAGAUUCUAUAACCCUCAUGAGGGGCAUGGAAUCACCAUGGGUAUGGAGGUACCAAUGGAGCUGUUGAAGAAGGCUGGUUUCAUCCCCAACGAUCCAGUGCCAGUGCCGGAGACUAUGAAUAUACAUAUCGUUGCUUUUAAACCUAAUGUGAAAAAAGAUUGAGAUCAAAGUGUGAAACAACUGUUUAAGUUUGGUGUUUCAACUUCUAAUGAAAAACACUUGUAAUUGACAUUCUUUACUACAUGAUGGGCAGAUGUAGGUAGAGCCUGUUUGGUAUUCAGAGUUUGAUUUGUGUUUGGCUCUUUUAUCUGUUUGCCAUGUAAAAGUGGCUCCCUAGCUCUGCAUGCUCAUUUCAUGCCCAAAGCACAUUCCAUUAAAUUUUCUUAAAAAGCAAUAUUCUGUGUUAUUUGUAUGAAAUUGUUAGGCAAACUUUAAUGCCAGUGUACAUUGUGUUGAAAGAAGCACAUUAAGUUUGUACUUUACAUGUAAAGAUGUUGAGUGUUAAUGUGUUUAUUGCCAUGGGCAAAAGGUUCUAACAUACCUCUCUUUAAUGUUUGUUUUGAUGAGAAUUUGUUAUUGGAAGUUGCUUCAACUAAUUAUUGUGCCAUAUAUUCAGUAUUUGUUUGGUUUAAUAA